CAUGUCGGCACUCGACACUCGAUAGCAAGACAGCAGGUGACUGUUCACUUGUUCUCGUUGAUCGUUCGCGACACGAUAUGAGUACUUUCUUGGUAUUUACUACAGUAUGCCCACAGUAUUUUUUAAUAACUUUUUGUAAUUAUUUGUGAUGUGAUAAAUACAUAUAUACAUAUAAAUUGUUAUGUAUUCAUUUUUUUUAAAAAUUAUUAUGUAAUAUUUAAUUAAGUUGAAUAAAAGAAUAGUAUAAUUACUAUUAUACUUACCACAAUCAUGAUAUUAUUGUUAUGAGGAUUACCAGCAAAAAUAAUUCCUGUGUGAGCAAUGGAUAAUUACAAAAUCUAAGAGGACGCAUAUCAUGGAGUAGAGAAGAUUAAAUCAUCAUGAGUAAUUGGGGUAUUUUAAUCCUAAUAUUUGUCGUUUUGAAAUGUUCAACACAAACUUUGGCUAAAGGGAUUGGAAUACAUUUUAUUCGAUCACCCGAAUCUCUUGUCGCACCACUUCAUGAUGAGGUGUUUUUUGAUUGUGAUCUUAACAUAGCUCCAGAAAAUAUUAAAUGGCUUCAUAACUCUGAAGAAUUACCAAAUGUUGGCCAUUCUAGUUUAAAUAAAAGACUUGUUGUGAAAGUGGACGAUAUAUCUCAAACUGGAGAUUACCAAUGUGUAGCAGAUUUCGGUGCUGGUGCUUUAGCAUCGACUGCAGCGACACUUAGUUUGGCUACUAUUAAAGAAUUCAGUACUCAAUCAUUAACUAAUGGGGAAAAACUCACUAUAUCUCCUGGCAACACAGUAGCUUUAAACUGUGGAAAGCCACUCCAAAGUGACCCUCCUGCAUUAAUUGAGUACUAUAGAGAUGGAAAACCAUUGAUUAGGACCAUCCCUGUAUCUAGCGCUGGCUCAGUAUUACUACAAAAUGUACAAUUUGAGCACAGGGGUAAUUAUACAUGUACAGCAACUAAUACUAUUGUGACGCAAAUGGUAAAAUCGCCUAUGUUACUAAGCUUGGAUGUGCGCUCGAGUUACACUAAAUUGCCUCCAAAAUUUAUAACCAAACCUCCGACUCAAUAUAUUGCACAAAAAAAUUCAAACGUCAGUAUGGAAUGUGCUCCUUAUGGUGACCCAGUGCCUUCAGUUCACUGGCUUGAUAUUCAUAAAAACGAGCUCAGAAAUAAUAACAAGACUAUUAUUCAACCAGGAUUGUUAACUAUACAUAAUCUUAGUAUUGAGGACACUGGCAUUUAUGAAUGCAUAGCGGAAAAUACGUAUGGUAUAAUUAAACAUCAAAUUAUGCUUGAAGUUCAAGAGUUGCCAUAUAUUAAGUCGGGACCAGAUGAACCUGUAACAGUAAAUGAAGGUAGUUCAGAAACAUUGAGAUGUGAAGCCAUAGGAACACCCACUCCGAAAAUUACCUGGUACCUUAAUGGUAAACCGGUGUCAAAUGAUUCAACUAUACUUGCUAAAGGUGGCGUUUUGACAUUAAAUAACACUCAAAAAAACCAUGCUGGUUUUGUUCAAUGUUUUGGUUGCAAUACAUUAGGAUGUUCCUAUUGGGUUUCCACACUACAAGUAACUCCAAAACAACAUCAGCAACUUUACUACGAUGAUAUAACUCGUUCUUCUCAAAGAGAUAGGAAGGACAGAAAUCAUAAAGGAAAAAACCGUAGGAAAGACAAAAAAAAGAAAGGAAAUAAUGAAAUGAUUCCUCCAUCGAAGCCAAAUAUUACACGCCUAACAGAAAAUUCUGUAAUGGUAACCUGGGGAGUUCCAGAUAAUGAUGGGCUACAAAUAAGAUUUUUUAAAGUGCAAUACAAAGAAGUAGCAGCAGGAAGUAUAUGGAACACAAGUAGUGAUGAUAUUCAAUCUUAUAUUCGUUGCUAUCAAGUGGACAAAUUAUUACCCGAUCGUAAAUAUGUAUUUCGUGUAGCAGCGGUAUACACGAAUGAUGAUAAUAAAAGUGGUCCAAUGUCAGAUCAUUUCUUUUUGAACAAAGGUCCUCCUAAUAAAUUUUUAAUACCUCCUACUUUGGUGUUGGCUAAAGCAGUCAACACAACUUCUAUAUUGUUAGAAUGGCAGUACCUGAAUUCAGUGUUGGUUCCCGUGCAAGGAUUUUUUGUGUAUUACCGAGCAACAAGUACUGCCGGUGAUUAUACUAAAGCUCUUGUUGAAGGUCAAGAUGCUCGUACUUUUGUUGUUACCCAUUUAUCUCCAAACACUUCAUAUGAUUUAAAAUUACAAAGUUUUACUGUUCACGAAGCUUCUAACUUCAGUGCUAUAUUUACACACAAGACUUUAGGUGAGUCUAAAUCGAUUACAGAUACCCCGAAAUGGACGGAUAAUACAGUAGACAACAACAAUAACAGUAAUUCACAUUCCACAAUUAAUGGUGUGAGAUCUCUGUAUGUUCUACUUGGUGCAGUAGCUUCUGUAAUUGGGGCAAUUGUUUUAUUGAUAUUUUUUACCGUGUGCAUAUAUAGUAAACGCUCUUCAGCACACUCGCAUUCUCCAGAACUAAACAAGAGUUCUGAAGCGGUUUCGGGACUUGAACCAUUAUCAAUGAAUGGUUUUGCAUUGAAAAAUGGCAAAAUAGUUAAUGGUUGUACUUUACCGAUGACACCAGACAAUAGUCAUACACAUCCGCCAAAUGGUUAUGUAAUACAUCCAAUCAACAUAACUAGUAACCCAUUAGCGCCCGAUGCAAAGAACGCUAUAGAGAUAUCAUACUUGGCCAAUCACAACAAUAAUUGCUCCGAAAAUGAAAUGAACUUAUUGCCCAGGCGAGCUAUGCCUGUACCCCCCGAUACUCCAAGAACAUGGCGUUCUAAAGAUGCAAAAGAUGAAAAUUAUGUCUGACUACAAAAUUAAAAAAGAACAAAAUUUGGAAUCAAAUUAAGUCGCUUAAAAAAAGUUAAUCAAAGACUGAUAAUAGGUCUUGAAAGCAUAACAUUUUUAGCUAGAAGAGACGAAAACCCACAAGACUGAAUAUUAAAGUCCUGUCAAAAUUGCUCAUGCAUAAGAGAUAGUUAGAUACAAAGGUGUACUCGUAAGAGUAUGCACUGGUGUACCCACCUCUCACUUUUUUAUGUAUGGGUGUACUCAUAACAAAAAUAACAUACAUAGAAUUACAUAAAAUGCAUAGAAAAGUAGGAAUUGGGUAUAACACCCUUACGAUUUAACCUUUGGUUACAUGAUAAACAUGACUUUAGGGACAUAAUGCUAGUACAGUCUAACUCGUAGAUUUAUUAUUAUUAUUCAUGUUGACAUGAAAUAUAUUGAUAAUACAUUAGUUAACAAAAGCCUUUUUAAGAAUAUCAACAACAUUGUUUUACCAUCAGACAUGCUUCAAUUAUAAAACAAUUUUUAUACACUAGGAAGUAAUUUUGUGGGUUAGACUGUCCCUGUCUAAUUAUUGUUCCGUUUGUUUACAUGUGAAAUUAUUUUAAUUGUGUAUCAAAUCAUAUGGGUACGUGGAACAUAAUAGUAUUAAAAAGAUGUAUUAUUCAGUAUACGUUUUGUAAGUAUUUAUUUCUUGUUUGUUAAUUACUGUCCUAACUAAUAGUUAUGCACGGUACUACUGUGAUCUAGAUUAAGAUUUUGUUUAUACAUUUUAUUAUUUUAGAAACACAUAUUUAUAACUUAAUUUCAGUGUACCCUAAAAUUAAAUAGUUAUAAUUAACUAAUUAUAAAUAAUAAUAGUAUUAAUGAUGAGACUUUUUUUAUACACAGAAAUAUUAAAAAAUGUUUAAUAAUGUAUUUUUUAUGUUUUGUUAAGAGAUUUCCACGUUAACAGUAUUUUUUUGUU